AUGACGUGCCGCGACUUGGACACCGUUGUGGAAAUGACAGGAGGCUACAAGGGCCGGGCCCUUUGGGGAGACUGCCACCAGGCGCCAAGCGACACGGGAUUGGUGGUUAAGCAGUUCAUGCUUAACGUGCAAAUAACGCGUGUCUCCGUGCGUCUGCUCCCAGGUACGUGGUCCUUCUCCGUUUCCGAGCUCGCCAUCCCCGGUGCCGAGAUCGGGCGCAUCUCCGCGACCGACGCCGACCUCGGCGAGAACGCCAAGCUGGAGUACACCAUCCUGGAGGGGGAGACGGGGGAGACCUUCAACAUCACGGCCGUGAGCCAGGAGGCGGUCAUCACCCUCAACAAGCCUGUAGACUAUGAGAGCCAUACUUUAUAUUCCUUCUCAGUGGAGGUCCUCAACCCCAUAGUGGAUCCUCGUUUUCUACGCCGAGGCCCCUUCAAAGACAGAGCUUCGAUCCGAGUGGCUGUGCUAGAUGCUGAUGAGCCCCCGAGGUUCUCCCGAUCCAAAUACCACAUGGACGUGUCUGAAAACUGCCCCCCGGCCUGCACCGUGGGCCGGGUCAGCGCCGUGGACCCCGAUACCGGUCUGACUAAUAAUAUCAGAUUCUCAAUAGACCCCCAGUCGGAUCCGGAGGCCCUGUUUCGUAUCAGCCCGGAGACCGGCCUCAUCACCACGGCGAUGGAGCUGGACCGCGAGCGGGAGCACUGGCACAACAUUACUGUCAUCGCCACCCAGAGAGACAAUCCCAGCCAGGUGUCCAGAGUUGUGGUCGGAAUAGAGACGUUAGAUCUCAAUGACAACGCUCCCGAGCUCGACAGGCAAUACUCCACGGCCCUGUGUGACUCGUCCAACGCUGGCCAGGUGGUGCAGGUGUUGCGGGCGAUUGAUAGAGAUGAGGGAGGGAACGACAGCACCGUGUAUUUCAGCAUCCCUCCAGAAUCCGGCGUUGCCCUCAACUUCAGCGUCAGAGACAGUGGUGGCCCCACAGCCAGCCUGGUGCUGCUGUCCCAGCUCCAGCCGUUGUCCCGCUCCCCAUCCUCCACCUUGACGCUGUACGUCCCGCUCGUCCUCAGGGACGGGACGUCGGGCCUCACCAGCACGGGGACGGUCACCGUGUCUGUCUGCCCCUGCCUGAGGGGGGGAGCCCGCGCCGAGGAGAAGGACAAGCAGACGGAGGGAGAUUCGGACUGGGAGAGAGAGGCAGUGUGUCUGCCUCAGCAGUCCAUGCUACCCUCCCCGGGGCUCAGCACUGCCGCCCUGCUGGCUAUCCUGGCUUGUGUUGCUACGCUACUGGCAGUGAGCGCCCUGUCGCUGUCGCUGCGCCGUCAGAAGAGGGACUCCCUGUCGCCGCUGGAGGAGGACGACGUGCGCGAGAACAUCAUAACCUACGACGACGAGGGCGGCGGCGAGGCCGACACGGCCGCCUUUGAUAUCGCCGCGCUCCAGAGCGCGCCGCACAGCUCCCGCUCUCGAGGCUAUCGCACGCUCGACAGCAGGAAUGUGCGUUACACCCAACAAGGUCAAGACAAAGUUCGCAACUACGCCUGGCCCCAGAAUCCAAGUGUGGACCAUGGCUACUCGGCACCAGGAGGACCCCUGUACGGCCGCCUCUGCUACAGCAGCCACACCCUCCCGGUUCUCCGCCGUACACCAGGAGGACCCUUCGACCCGGGCCUGGCGGAGCUGGCGUACCGCAUUCCCGGAGCCCAGCCGGACCACUCCCUGGUCAUCCAGAACCAAGGCGCCAUGGUCGGGCCGAUGGAGUCGGGGGCGGUGUACGUAGCGCCCACGGACCUCAGCACAGGGAGCCGAACGGGCAGUCGCACCGGCAGCCGUGACGGGACAGCGCCGCAAAGCGGAGUGAGCACGUCAGACGGAGGGACUCCGAGGACCAGCGACAGCCAGGAGAGAGGAGGCGGGACGGGACCGGGAAGCAGCUGCAUGGACGGAAGUAACGAGGACAAAAGCAAUCACAAUCAGGAUCUGGACUGGGUGCAGUCAGAGACGUUGCCCAGGGAGCACAGCCUCGUUAUGACCCGCUCCGGCUCUUUGAUGGGUCAGGGUCACGCCGUCGGAGGCUGGGUUUGCGACUCGGCGACCCUCCCCAUGGCCGGGCGCAGGGCCUCCCGCUCCGGCCCGUCCCCGAAGCGCACCGGCCCCGGCCUGCCCGAACACGACCCCAGCGGGGAGGGAGGAGGAAGCGAAGGCGGAGGAGGGGAGCGGGGACGAGGAGUCGGGAACGGGAACGCUUCCAGAGACGGACAAUCAGUCGGCGGACGCAACUACGCCACUGUCCUCCAGGGGGAGGUGCCUGGAAAGAGGGACUACACCAGCAGCCUGGGGAGAGGGGGGCUGGAAAUGGGAAGCAACUUUGUGGUGGCGAGACCGGACAGGGAGAAUGGAGGGAUCCCGCUGACCGGAACGCCGUCUGUCUUCACGGACGCAGCUGGAUUUAUCGGGGACUGGCGAGAGCAGAUGGGUUUAGGGGGGUACGUUUUGGGCAGGAGGGACAUGAGCCCCCAGCUUUUACCCUUCCCGGGGCAGCCGAGGGGAACGCUAGGCGGAGUGAUGAGCUAUGGGCCUGGCUGGGUUCCUGGGAUGGAGGCAACAAGAGGGCCGCAGGGGCCCGGCGGCCCCUCCUUGGCACUCAGGGUGGGUGAGUUCCUACGCCUGCGUCUUGCCCAGGUCACUUUCGACCCGUCUCAGCCGCCGUACGACUCAGUACAGGUGUACGGCCUGGAGGGGACAGGAUCCAGAGCCGGGUCCCUCAGCUCACUGGAGAGCGACGGCGAGAAGGAGGAUUGGGGUGUGGGGCUCGAAGACUGGGGCCCUCAGUUCCAGAAACUAGCCCAGCUCUUUAAAAACAGAGAGAAAGCUAGAGAAGAUCAAGAAAAAGUUGAAGAUGUUGCCAAAAAGGAGAGAGAGCAGAAGGAAGAGUCUGACAAAACAGAGAAGAGGGAGGUGGAGGAAGCAAGGGAUGAAGGGAAAGACUGAAAAAAAACAAUAACAAAAAAACGGGAAAUCAGUGGGGGCAAAGGAGGCAGUAAGGAAGGGUAGGUGAUGAAAAGGCAACUAGAGGUAGAAUAAUGUGAAGAGAAGUUAAAGGAGAGAACGAUGAAGAGGCAAAGUAAUAAAAAGAGACAGAGAAAAAUGAGCCAAGGGAGGAUGGAGAAUGUGAGGGCAGGAGAGGGAGUGAUUGAUGUAAUUUAAAGCAAUAAGUGUUGAAACGCUGAUAUGGUUGAGCACAGAUACUGAGACAAUGCAGAGGCUGCAUGGGCUCGGGGCAGCAACAAUUUGUUAAACGCUCUGGACAAAGAAAAACAACCCAAACAUCCCAGACUCGAUUUAAUUCAGCCCGCACGUAUGGAAUGAGAAUUAGCAGGAAAACAAGGAGAAAGAAAGAUGCUACUUGUUGUGCGAGUGUGUGAGCGCGUGUGUGUGUGCGUGAGAGAGAAAGUCUGGCUAUGUAGGAACAAGUGCAUUAUUCAGACACACCAGUCUUCGUGAGCUUAAGUGUGAAGAAUUAAAUAAAGAUAAAAAAGAGAGAUGAGGAGUAGAAAUCAAAAUACCCAGGGACAAUUUAAAGAGGAGAAUAAGAAGUAGUGCUGCACAGGCAACGGUGUUGGUAUUUGGAACGAUGCGCAGACGGAGUCGAAAAGUGGAAAAACACACAAAAUGGCCGGAAGGGUUUCUGGGACGAAGAGAGAGCAGGAUGGCGGGAAUGUAUAGCGUCAUAAACGAUCUCACAAGUGAAGCGAUUGUACAGCGAACUAUUACUUUUUAUUCCUUCUGCCGGGGCAGAAAAGUGAAUAAUUCAGCUUGCUUCUCCAUUCCAAAUGAAAAUGAUGAAUCAUUUAAGUCCCGCCAAAAGAUUCCAAACCUCCUCUGAGCCCCACGAGUAAAACAGACAUUGUGAAAAAUUUAAGCCGUUUAGGGAUGUUGUCCCCCCACUCCCCCACCGCCGCCCCGCCUCACGCCCCCAACCUUUUGUAGUCGAGUGUUGAUAUGUUUACAGAGAUUUUACACGCUGACACGUCCCGACAAAAGGACUGAAUACAGUAAAGCAUCGAUUGUACUAAAGCAAGGUGAUUCGCAGUACCUUCAGAAGUAUUUUUUUUUUCUUUCUUGAAUCUUUUACAUUUUGUCACACCUGCAACCUUGUAACCUAAGAAAACUUUAAGAUACAGCAACACAAAGUAGUCCCUACCGACGAAGUGGAGGGAUUUAAAAUGUUUUCCAUGCUCCCAUUAACUCUGACAAGCUUGCUGGGAGAAGCAUCUCCACAGCAUGAUGCAGCCACUACCACGUUAAACAGUAGGAAUGGUGCAAAUUCUGUAGUGGUUUUAAUUAAUUAAUGCAGUGUGUGUUUGCUUACUUGUGUGUAAGCCUACUGAUAUUAAAUGUGACAUUGACUAAAUGUGGCUUAUGAAGUCAAUCCACUUGAUUUUAUUUAGGGGUGUCCAAUUAAAGGGGUUGAAUAAACUGAAGCCAAAUAGUUCUGAUUUUUAAUUGUAAAAAAAAAAUAAAAUAAACAGAAAGAAAAAUCCCAUUCUUUCAACUUUACAACUAUGCACUACUUUGUGUCGGUUUUUCUUUUUACUUUACUGAUUCGUUCAUGCGAAACAAACAUUGCAGACUAGCGAACAGAAGUAUUGAUCUGCAAAAUAAUUAAUUAGACAUGAAAACAACAAACACAAAGAACAAAAAAAAGGGUACAAAUUAAAAUGGUUACAUUCAGGACAAAGACAAAACACAGAACAUAACCAAGCGGUGUCACAACAAAGUCAUUGAAGUCCCACUGAAAUAAUUACCUAAGUUUAUUUUAUUUAUUUAUUUUUUUUUCAAAAGUGAUUUUUUUGCAAAUAAAAACCAACACCUAUUUAAUGCCAAAAGAUGAUGUAGGCAAAAAAAAAAAAAAAAAAAAAAAAGACUUGGGCCAUCGUUUUAUCAUUUACCAUAAAAUCACUGAGGUUUGUGGUUGCGAUGUGACAAAAUGUGAACAAGUUCAGGGGUUAGAAAUACUUUUUCAAAGCACUGUACACGUAUUCAACUCACAUUUUAGAACGCUAGACAUUCAGUUACAGAACAGUAGGAAGAACCUGUGAAGUCUGCUGUUCUCUGUUUUCCUUUCUAUUUUCUGUGUACCUCUACAGCCGCCCUACGUAGUCUCACUGUUCGCACCUCGAGGACUAAGUAUGCAUGACUUCUGACCACAAGUGGGGGAGGGGUAAUCCGUGCCGAUCACUUCCUCCUUUGAACACUUGUACUGCCUAAAUGAAAGAAAAACUUUCCACAAGUCUCUUAGUUAAACAGUAGGGGUGCGUCAGCACAGAGACUCCCGCCGUACGCCGUCGUGUCGCCAUCAAAGGUCAUGAUGCAAAUGAGUUUGAGUUUUCAGCUGGAAUGCACUUUUCUACUGUACGAUGUUCAGCAACAGAUCAUGAACAAAGUUCAAAGAUAACACUUGUUUUAUAAGAUGUCGAUUAAAAAUAUAUACGUUGUUUGACUGUAUGUAAGAUCAUUUUAAAUGUAAAUACCACUGAAUAAUACUGCUGAAAGAGACUAUAUGAGAUUAAAAAAAAAAAAAAAACGAGUUUG